AUGGUUUUUAAAUAUUUGUCAAAAACAAAGAGUUAUAUUUCUCUGUUUCAGCGUAGGAAUUAUUUUUCUAAUCGAAUCAACAAACUUUUUGUUGAUAAUUUUGAUAAAUAUCAUAAAACAAUUGAGUUUGAUGAGAAUAGUGAUAAUUAUUACGUUAAAACAAAACUCAUCAAUAUAUUGAACGAAUAUUCUAAAUUAUCAGAAAGUUUAAAGGAAGUAGAUAAAGAAUUAAAUAGUGAAAAUCAAACUGACGAUGAUUUAAAAAAAUUAAUGAAAGAAGAAAAAGUUGAAUUGGAUAUGAAACAUUCUGAACUUGUCACGAAAGUUCUAAAUGAAAUUUAUAUUUAUGAACAAUUAAAGAGCGCGGACACGAUUGAAAACUCAUCAAAUAUCAUUUUUGAAGUAUCUCCUGGUGUUGGUGGUAAAGAAGCAAUGCUAUUUGCUAAUGAAUUGUCCACAAUGUAUUUUAAUUACUUCAACUAUAAAAAUUGGGACAUAAAGGAUGUAGAGUCAAACGACAGACAUCACAAAGCUCGCAUUGAAGGACGUGACGUCUGGUAUUUCAUGAAAUAUGAAGCUGGUGUGCAUCGUGUUCAAAGAAUUCCAGACACGGAAAGAAGAGGAAGAGUUCAUACAUCAACUGUGUCAAUUGCUUGCAUUCCAAUCAGAGAUGAUGUGAGAGCAUCGGGAGCUGGAGGUCAACAUGUGAACACAACCGAUAGUGCAGUGAGAAUUUCUCAUAUUCCUUCAGGCAUCUCAGUUGAAAGUCAAGAAGAUCGAUCGCAGAUUAAAAAUCGUGAAAUAGCAAUGAGAAAGCUUAAAAAUAUUCUUUCGGAACGUCUCAUAACAGAAGCUUUUGAAAAGAGUAUGAAAACAAGAAAAAGUCAAGUUGGACAAGCCAAUCGAAACGAGAAAAUUCGAACUUACAAUUUCAAAGAUGAUCGUGUUACUGAUCAUCGAUUGAGCAGUUUGGACAUUGCUUCAAUUGAAAAAGAAGACACGCUCUACGAUCUCCAAGGUUUGUUUAAUAAUCCGGAAAAGCUCGAAGGAUUUAUCGUCAGCCUUCAGAAGGUUGACAAAGAGCGCACACUUUUGGACAUUUUCAGUGAAUUGGAAUUGAAGAAUAAAUAA